AUGAAACUUAUAUUUACUAUAUGUAUUAUCAAAUUGUCAAUUAUUUCUAUAUAUGGGCAAACUACUCAACUAUCUCUUGAUGAAGGUCUGAUAGAGAAUGCAGGCUACUCUUGCAAUAUGCAACAAUCUCUGCGACUGGAUCAUCGUCUUCAUGGCAAACCUCGGCGAGGCGAGCCUCCUAUAGAGCUUACAAUCUUGGAUGAAAGUGGUCAGGUAGUCAACUCUUAUGCGCCAGGAGAAAUUUACACAGUUCGUUUACUUGGAUUUGAACACUUCCGUGGAGUUCUGUUACAAUCCCGUCUGAGUACAAAUUCUGGGCAAAUCAUUGGUUCUUUACGAGGAGGUCAGUUUAUUAAGACUGGACAAUGGUCUCUCUACGGAGUUGACUAUCAGAAUUGCAAUAAGUAUAAUUCCAACAAUUCCAUUACACAUAUCAACGAUGAUAAGAAAUAUGAAAUGGAUCUAUUAUGGACAGCUCAUCGCAAUCUUGGUUCAAUCCAGUUUAUACUAACAAUUUCGAAAGAGAAUAAUGAGUAUUGGGAAAGAUGGGCGCCUCCAUCAGCUUUCCUGAAACUUCGAAACAAUGUUACCUCAGCGACGAAAAGCACGCCUGCCGUGGAACUGCAAACCCCACCUGUUUCCACGGUCAAACCAUCUCCUGGUACAAAGCCGGAAGAGCCUUCCACACAAAUCCUGAAAAAUACUGAGCUACAAAGAGAACCAUCACUCCCAGUAGAAAAAGCAACUGAAAUGACAGUUGAUGAAAAUGAAAAAGCCAUUAUGGAAGGAGUCAUGAAUGGGACAGUUAAGCUGCAGGAAGGCCCUGAAGAGUCCACGAACGUUCUGCCGUUUGAUGCAUCUCUUUUUGAUGAAAUUAAUGUUUUUUCCACGAAUAUCCCUACAAAAACGUCAGUAUUUCCCUCUGAGCCCAUCACACUUCCUUCAACUAUACAAACAAGACCAUCUGUAGUGGCCACGGAAGAUCAGAUCAUAAACGAUGUGACUAGGAGAACCUUCAAAAAAUAUAUUCCAGAUAGACAGACUGCUCUACAUACUGAUGAUGUCCACUUUCUAAACUCUCAUGCUCAUCUGCAGAGAGAUUUUGUUUCUCCAAUGGGUCCAGAAGAAAUUUGUCGACAAGCCAAUCCAUGUGAGAAUCAGGGAGUUUGUGUUGUUGAAAAUGGUAAAACUAUUUGUGAAUGUGAGAAAGGGUUCAUAGGAGCAACUUGCAACGUAACCGAUGCAUGUGUGAAUCAUGGAUGCUUGGAAGGCUCCUAUUGUGUCAAUGACAUGAAGGGUAGCUACACAUGCAAAUGCAAAAGAGGAUAUGUGGGAUCAUACUGUCAAUAUGAGUGCCCCAAGAGCCAAUGCUUGAACGGAGGUGAAUGUAUCAUGAGAACUAACAACGAAAUUGCUUGUAAAUGCCUUCCAGGCUUUAGUGGAAACAACUGUGAACGAGAAAUUAACGAGUGUAACUACAAUCAUUGUAUGAAUGGUGCUGGAUGUACAGAUCUUGUUAACGAUUACAAAUGUCACUGCUCCAAAGGAUGGAUGGGGAAAAACUGUGAUCGACCUUGCCAAGAUGUAUAUGGUUCUUGCCGAGUUUGGAAACGUGAAGGGCAAUGCGAGCUGAUGAGAGGAACAACAGAUUACUUCGACGUGAACUGUGCGGCAUCCUGUGAGCAGUGUAUUUUCGACAACACAACUCUGACAACUGAAACACCGUUACCACCAGUACUCUUACCCCUCGCAUGGCUUUUAGGAGAAUGGCAAACACAUCAGCGAGGAGGAUUUAAAAAUAGAACUAUCCACUUUCCAUUGGAUAUGGAGGAAAGCAAUGGAUACAACGAGACAAUUACUUUUUCUGUGGCCAAAGGAUUGAUGUUCGGCACACCCAGUAUCAACUACACAUCCAUAGCAGUAGCAGAUAACGAUCAAUACAAUGUUCAUGAGUCCAAUGGAUUCAUCACAGUUCGUCAGUAUGCUCCAAAGGGAGAAGAACAAAUAACUAGAGCAGCACUCAUGACUGUCAGCAACACCGGUGUUACGCUGAUAGAAGAAGGUGAUGUUAUGACAACUAGAACAACAAUGGGUCAUCAUUUGAAUAUGGGUAUACUCUAUCAAUUGGCUCCAAUGGAGAGUAAAAAGAAGCUUGGGAAAAAGCAGUUUCGUUCGUUUGUACGUAAAGGUAAUCGUCUAAUGCAAUUACUUACACGUGAAGAAGAGGAUGGUCGCAUAACGAAGCACUCUAAGACAUACACUAGAACCAAGGAAUUCCAAUAUAUGUGA